AAGCGAGAGCCGUCAUCGACAAAGUAACAACGUUUAGUCGGUCCGAGCGCGCAGCAUUGGCUGCCGGCCGUCACUUGUUUUGUUUUAUCUCGGUUUUCAAAUUCGCGCUUCAUUCAAUUCCGGUCUUGAUAUCGCAUCAAAACUGGUUUAGCUAACAUAUUAAGUGUGUUUAUUAUAAAUUUCACAAAAUAUUUUUCUUGGACUUGCUUCUUAAUUUCAUAUAAAAUUCUGAUAUGUUUCUAUGUUAACAUAAUUGAAUCGUUUACAUUAGUAUAUGACAUAGUAAACGCGCUUACUUAUUUACGUUUCAAGUUGAUCAAUUAUCCAAAAAAGUUUUUUUUUUAAAUUAACAGUGAUCUAGUAAUUUAUUAAAGCAUUACGCAAUGAAUACUUCGAUGCAAUCUUUAUCCGAUACGUCGUUCGAUGGCAACAGAAGCUACAACGAUUCAAAUCAGUCCAAAGAUAAUUGUGUUUCACUAAUGAUAACUCAUUUGAUUCGCAAAGAUGAAAAUAUCAAGGUUUGGGGUGUGCCUGUUAAAUUUAUAAAAAUUGUUGCUGUUGUUUCUAAUAUUGAAGUUGACUCCUACAAACUAAAAUACGAAUUUAGAGAUGAAACUGGACAAAUUGAUGGUUUCAGUUAUCUUUCACCUUAUGCUGAUCAUCCACCAUGCGCAGUCAGUAAAAACUCUUAUGCAACAGUACAUGGAAAAUUGAGAAAUAUAAAUGGACAAAACUGUCUUUAUGUUUUAAGCAUACAGCCUUUAGAAAAUCUUAAUGAGUUGUUAGCACAUUUGAUGGAAGUUACACUAAUAUGCUUGGAAGGAAAACAUGCUGCGUCAAAUAACAAUAAAAGCCAAAAUCAAGUACCCUCUACUACAAAUGAAAAUCCUGAUUACAGUGGUAGUGGUCAAUCAUCAGCAAAUAAUUAUCUAGAUCUAGGUAAAGAACAAGCACUUAUUUUAACGAUAAUUGAAAGCAGUGAACAAGAAUACGGAGCUGAAAGAAAUGAAAUUAAAUCCAAAGUACCUUUGAACAUGGUUUCUAAAGUUGAUGGCAUUUUAAACUUUUUAUCUUCAGAAGGACAUAUUUAUACUACAAAAACUGAUGACUUUUUUAAAAAAAUAUAGAAUAUUUGAUAAUAUAAUCAAAGAUAAUAAUAUUAGUGACAAUAAAGUUGAAGUAACUUUUAUUGAUUAAAUAUAAUUUUCUACUAUUGCUUGUAGUGUUUUGAACCAAUUUUUUCUAAAAUUAAUUUUUCCAUAAUAUUUGUUGACUCAUAAUGUUUAAGAGCACUGAACUCGAUAAAUAAAAUAAC